GCGUCGACCUGUUAACUGUAUUCCGUGUUAGCUUGGUGUUUUGUGAGAUAAACACAACCAACGAAACAUUUCGUUUUAUAUUUACUGUGACUGUUGUGUGAUGGAUCUGUGAACUGAAUGAUGGAGGAGGAGUCGAUGUCUGGACAUAGUUGUUCUGAAGACGAUAUCAGUGUUGGGCGGCCGUCACCGGCGCCGUCGCGAUCGCCGUCGCCUCAUGAUUAUUUCAGACCUUUAAAACGGCUGAAGAUGGCUUCGGAGCCGGCUGAAGAGCGACGAGGGGAGGGGGUGAAAAGUUUUUCAAUUUUGGACAUUUUAUCGCACAGCCCGCGUACACCACCGCGCAUCGUUCGACCGUGGGACGCGUCUGGUUUCGAAAGAUUGCAGCGGCUGCAGCGCUUGGCUGGUGCUGCUUUGCUGGACGGUGAGCGGUGGAGGCUGGCUGCGCUGGGACUAUUAAGGCCGCGGGAUAUGGCACCAGCGGAAUGCUGCGAUUCAGCGUCGGAGCGUUCUUCAUCCGCGUCUGACUGCUGCUCGGAACCGCGGAGAGCACCGCAGCAGGGGUCCACAGCGCCCCACACUCCCCUGGAUGCACUGUUUCACAUGACGAGCAAAACAUUUGAAGCUAAUAAUGCUGACAAUGGAGAUGGUCAGUCAAAUCAUCUGAAUCUCUUCAACUCCAGACCACAGCCAAAAAAGAAACGAAAAUCUCGAACGGCCUUCACGAAUCAUCAAAUCUUUGAACUAGAGAAACGGUUUCUUUACCAAAAGUAUUUGUCACCGGCGGACAGAGAUGAAAUAGCCAGUUCCCUAGGACUUUCUAACGCACAAGUAAUCACGUGGUUCCAAAACAGACGUGCAAAACUGAAACGAGAUAUGGAAGAACUCAAAAAGGAUGUCGAGAGUGCUAAAGUACUCUCAGCGCAUAAGAGUUUCUUAGAAAAUGUAACAGAUUUGGGGAUACUGAAGAAGAAAGCCAUGAGUAUAGGUGCAAGCGAGGAGGCCGCUACAAAUCUUGUCGUGAAUGCGUCAAAAUGAAACGAGGCAACGCGGGCGAUCGCGCCUAGUGCUAACUACGAUCGACGCGUACUCGAUUAUUAAAUCGAUAUCGAUUAAUGAACUUUAUGUACAUCACUAUUUAAUAUUUCAAACAGACUCAUUAGUGACGUUAGAUAUUUUCUUCACUAAUCUAGAAUAGUAAUGUAUCACUAUUUAAAUAUGACUGUAAAUAAAUACAUACGAGGUUGUAGUUUAUCAUUGUACAAAAUACAUUAUGAAGAAGCUUCGAAAUAAAUGUGAUAGUUGAUUUUAUUAUUUAAGUACUUAAUAUUUUAUAGAGAUACUAUAAUUAUUUAUUGUGGACAGGUUAUUAUUGUCUGGCAUAUAGAAAUAUGGCAAUACCAGUGAAAAAAGUAGUAAGCUAUUAUCAUUUCUAGAUUAAUACCUACUAUUUACCUUUAAAAGUGCAAUAUGAAAACGCAAACUUCGUUUCUAUAAGCCAGCGAUAGGUGUUACGGCAAAUCCAAUUUUGUACAUAAUACUUAUUUGUAAAUGUAGAUUUAUUAGUAUAAAAUUCUUCUAUUUGACGUUUAUAAAAAGUUAAUGGAUAAUCCAAGUUAAUGAUGUAAAAACAACGUGUAAUCUAAUUUAUCAUUAGUAAGAGAUAAUUACAAAUUUUAAAUUAGUUCGAAGAGUAACAAUUUCCAACAACACCUAUAGAACAAAUUUAUGUCGAUUCACUUUCUUUAAUUGAAGUUUUGCGUAAUUAUUUAUUAAUUAAUACAAAAUAUGAUCGAAUUAUAUAAUAAUGAAAAUAACAAUAACUAUUUUUUUAUUGUUAUAUAAUGCGAUUGAAUUUUUAUCUUGGAUUUCUCGAGUAGGUACGUACGUUACUAAAUUAAAUUCAAAUUGAAUUUAAAUAAAGUAUCUACUUAUAUUUACAGUUUAAAGGUAUAAUUUAAUAUAUUUAUUUAUGUACUGAAUAAUUCCUUAUAGGAAUACUCACUAGCACUCAUUAGUUCAUGAAAAUAUCAUUUGGUUCUUUUUUUAAAAAAUUACCAACACAAUUUGUAUAUAAUGUACUUAAUUAAAUACCUUUAUCUACCUAUUAUAAUACUUACAAAAAUAUAGCUAAUUAGUGCUAAUUAGGUACUGUGUUCUAUUUAUGAAUUAUUGGCAGGUGACAAUGAUAUGAUAACAAAUAAAAUUUUCUGACCAUUUUGUGGAAAAUUUUUAAAUUUAAUUUCCUAAAAUUGAUUUAAAUAUCACAUGAAGUACAUUGUGAAAUCCUAUAAAAUGUAAUAAUAUUUCGAGAAGCAGUAAAAUAAUAUAGUUUACUCGAAAGUAUUUCAGUACCUCCUGUUGGUCCAUUUGUGAGUCAGCUCACCGAAAAAAGUAUCGGAAAAUUCUAUUGAUAAUGUGUUUACAAAUAGUAUUGGCCAGACUUAAACUCACCAUUUAAUCAUAUGCAAUAAUAUAUGAUUGCUUUUUUACCUUGACGCGUUAAUUAAUAUGCAAAAAUGUUCUUAAAACGUUUUUGAUAAUAUUAUAUUGUUUUGUAAAAUCUUUUUUGUACAUAAUUGAUGUACAUACACAUCAUUAUAUAAGUAAUAUCUUUGCGACAAAAUACUAAAGCAUUUAAAUUUUAAAUGUACAAACGAUGCAAUCAAAUAGUUCUUUAGACUAUGGUAUUACUAUGGCUAUUUGAGCAUGUGAAAAAUUCAAUUACCUCUGUAAUCUUUAUUAUUGAUUCAUCUGAUUAUUACAUGUACUAGUUGUUAUUAUACAAGAUCGUGGCUUUACAAGACAUUUUUAAAACUUUUUGAUUGUAAGACUAUAUCUAUUUUCAUGUUUUAAACCACUUGUAUUAUUUUUCUUAAAUUACAGAGGAAUAUAAUUAUUAUGUCAAAUUUUAAUUCUUUUUAUAUUUAUCAUUUCAUUAUGAUCAAUAAAAUAAAUAAAACUGAGUAUAAAAGUCAAAAUACGGUCAGUGACAUUAAAUUAUCAGUUAACACUAAAUGACUUAAGAGCAGAUGUUUCUUCGUUGGGUAGGUUCCUUUAAUAAUAAUUAUUCACAAACUGUUGGUGUUAUGUAGCUACCCUAUAUAACCCUUGGGCCUCGACCCCAGAAUGUAUAACGAUCGGGAUUAGCAUAAAACCUGACCAUAAUAUAACUUAUGUCAACGGUAUUAAAGUCAUUAUGGUCAGAGAUUAUUUUAAUCACAAUUCUUGCCUGUACAGAGGCCUAGGUUCCGUUGUAUAAUGUGUACUAUGGGUUUAAAAUGGCCAAUUUGGUGAUUCGUAAAUAAUAAAUAAACACUAAUUGAUAAAUUUCAUAUAAAUUUUUCGAAGAUAUUACAGAAUAAGUUUCUUAAAAAAAAAAGAUGUGAAACGCUGAAAUAUUUCUACCGCCAAGCCGUGGCGGUAAAAUUAUCGACUAGGAACAGCUUAUGAAAUAGCAAUGCAUGAGAAAUACUUACCAUAAGAAUCACGCAGUAUUCUAUGACGUUCAUGGUAUUCAUAUUACAGAUGUUAACAACGACAAUAGCCACUUUCUAUUCGAUUUGUCGUUAGCUUAUUUAUUAUUACAAGUUUUCUAAAAAGAUUGUCGUACAUGAACUAAAGAAGUUAAAAAGAUUAGUAUUGUAUUAAAAAUCACCCAAGUAGCCAUUUUAGACCCCUUGACUUAAGGUUAAACCUUGUUCCUACUACCGUUACAUGCUUAUUGUAAAAUGUGACUUUUUAUACCUUAAGGGCACUCGUGCUUUCACGAACUAUGUGAAUGUGAAUAUUACUUAGUGUAAAUAAACAAUUAUGUGUUCUAA